AUGGCAGACAUAUUGGCCUCAAACGAGACGGUGUUGUUGUCGAUCACAACGGAUCACAACUCAUUCGCCACCGAAAGGAGAUUCCCAUCAAAUCUAUUGAUAUCCGAUUUGAAGGCCAAACUCGAGUUAAUUACCGGCGCUUCCAAUGAGACAAUGGAUUUGCAAGUAUUGGACAGUAAUCACGAUUUGGUCAUGAAAUUAGACGAUAACGGGAGACGAUUGAAGAGCUAUUUGAGUGAUAAUCAGAACCAAUUGAAUGUUCACGUAUUGGACACCACUGUGAAAGUGGGCGACUUCGAGGACGUGAGUGGUGUCCCGAAGUUUGAAUUAUCACAACAGGAGUACGAGAAGAGAGGCGACUCUGUGCUGGCAUUCAAGCAGAAGAACAAAAUCGGAAGAUUUGGUGAUCCGGACGGCGCCGGCGGCGACGACCCGAUGAGCGACGGCCUCCGCGAGUGUGACAUAAAUGUGGGCCAAAGGUGUGAAGUCUGUGUGAAGGGUUCGGCCAGACGUCGGGCGACUGUCAUGUUUGUGGGCAACACUCACUUCAAGUCCGGCCUUUGGAUUGGCGUCCAAUACGACGAGCCUUUGGGCAAAAACGACGGCUCAGUCGAUGGGAAGCGGUAUUUCAAUUGCCGGUCAAAAUACGGCGGUUUUAUUCGACCAAACGAUUGCAUUAUCGGAGACUUUCCCGAAAUAGGCUUCGACUCCGACGACGAGAUGUAG